AUGGAAUUUUAUAAUCAUCAAUACAUCCAUUCUCCAAAGACCAAUACUUAUAGACGUCGUUCUAAAAGUUUAAAUGACAAGAUAGAAAAUGGCAAAAAUAAUUCAAACAUUCAUCGUGGAAAACAUCAUUCUCCUCCUCCAAAACGUGCUCACCACCAACCAGACUUUAGAGAAAAUGUUAUCGAAAAAUUGUUUAAAGAAGAACGCUUUAAGGCCUUUCAAAAACGUAGAGGAUUAGAAAAUGUUAUGGAU